CUGGAGACACUCGUAGGAGUCCCCACUACGAUAGGGGAUUGGCGACAGUCUGGCCACACGAUGGCCACGGACACGAGUUUACGAUAACCAGGUUACCAUCGUCAACUGGUAACACUGUUUUUGUCUUCUGUUCAAGAGCAUUUGUCAGAAUGAACGGGAAAACGCGAUGGCUGUCUUUGUUGGCGAUCAGCUGUGCGUUUGUGUAUUGGGUGCCCGUGAAUGGCCAUGACUCCGAAGGACAAGAAUCAAACAACGAGACAGAGCGAUACCAGCUGGUUGUGUUCGACUUCGCUAGAGUGGAACUACCUUAUGUGAUAUGUCUGUGGAUUCUGAUUGUUAGCUUGGCCAGAAUAGCAUUCCAUCUUCAUCACAAGCUACCUUUAGUUAUCCCUGAGAGUUGUCUUCUCAUCGUGCUGGGCCUCAUUGUCGGUGCUAUCCUACACUACAGUCAUGUCGCCACAACCAGCGAGUAUGUCCUUGACGCCGACAUCUUCUUCAUCUACCUGCUUCCUCCCAUCAUCUUUGAGGCGGGUUACUUCAUGCCAGUCAGGUCUUUCUUUGACAAUCUUGGCACCAUUCUGCUCAUGGCAGUGGUUAACACCUGUAUUAGUGCCGGUCUCAUCGGAGCAUCUCUAUACGGCUUGUCCUGCUGGGGACUGUUCGGCCGCCAAAUCAGCCUUCUCAGUUGUUUUAUUUUUAGCAGCCUCAUCUCAGCCGUGGAUCCAGUUGCUGUCCUAUCAAUUUUUGAAGAAGUCCAUGUCAAUCAGAUGCUUUACAUCAUCGUGUUCGGUGAAUCACUCCUUAAUGAUGGCGUAACUGUGGUACUCUACCAUAUGAUGGAAGGAUUUAUAGAGAUUGGAGAGGAUAAACUCAUCGCUAUCGAUAUUGCCACCGGCCUGAGUUCCUUCUUUGUGAUUGCCUUUGGCGGUACUCUCAUUGGAAUCCUGUUUGGAUUAUUCGGGGGUUUCAUCACCAAAUAUACCCAACAUGUAACCGUCAUUGAACCACUGUUUGUCUUCGUACUUGGCUACUUGAUGUAUCUUACGUCGGAAAUGUGCCACCUGUCAGGGAUUCUGGCGCUAUCCUUUGGAGGAAUUGUACUCCGCCAUUAUCUGGAGGCAAAUAUUUCCCGUAAAACCAAAACCAGCAUCAAAUACUUCAUGAAGAUGUUGGCCAACAUCAGUGAGACGAUUAUCUUCAUGUUCCUCGGUCUCUCGACGAUGGUCGACACGCUUGAUUGGAAUUUCAGCUUCAUCCUGUUUGCUCUGCUCUUCUGUCUAUUGUUCAGGGCCAUUGGCGUUAUAGUUCUUUCCUUCAUCCUGAACCGUCGCCGCCUGGUAAAAUUAACAGGAAUUGACCAGUUUAUCAUGGCCUACGGGGGCCUCCGCGGAGGAAUCGCGUUCUGUCUGGCUUUAUCUCUCAAGGAAGAGCUGGUUCCAGAGAAACGCCUUUUCAUCACAGCGACAAUAAUCAUUGUGUUCUUCACUGUUUUUGUACAGGGUAUUACUAUAAAACCAGUGGUCAAUGCUCUGAAGGUCAAGAGGGAAAAGCAUGGAGACCCAUCACUUCAUGAGAAAAUCAAUGAAACAUUCAUUGACCACUUGAUGGCUGGUAUAGAGGGCGUGACAAAGCGAUCGGGACAUAACUUGAUGCGAAGCAAAUUCCGGCAUAUUAACCACAAGUAUAUCAAACCAUGGCUUAAUCGUGAAUCUGUCAAACUGACCAGUACCAAGGCCGAUAAGGUCCUGGAUAUCUAUCACAGUAUAAGUGUCCAGGACGCCCUCCACCAGAUGGGAGAUGGCGAGGCUGUGGAGGUCGUGGGGGGACACAAGCUCCCUCUACUAUCAGCUGAGUCUAAAAUGAAUGGAUACCAUCAGGACAAUGUAAAAAAUGGCCAAUUUGUGCCUUCAUCAAAUGCUGAGAAAAGAAGGAAAACCUUCACCACCUUCUGAAUGAGGGCAUGCUUAGACCUCGACCUACUUGUGUAGUCAACCAGAAGAAUUCUGUCCCUGAGAUGGAGGAGAGCAAGCGCCAUGCACGUCCAGCAAAGCUCUUCACCGACACCAGCGGCAGUCAUCACAGUGUUUCCACACCA